GGGGGGGAAUUCAUCUGGGCUGAACAUGCUGAAUAAGCUAUAGAAGGUGGUGGUUUCUCUUUCAUUCUGUGCCAAAACAGUGCAUUCAAAUAUUUCCUGGCGGAAGUCUUCGAAAACAAAUCAUGAUUGUUUUUUCCAUUUUAAUCGGCGCUAUAAAAUGUUGUUUAACCAGUGUCAAAAGAUUUAUGAUUUGGAACGACUCGGGUGUCAUUUUAUGUCUCUGCUCUGUUCACAUAGUUUUCUUUACGUUUGUUAUAAUGGAGCGUAAAUAAAAUCAAGAUGCCAAUAUCAUAUCACGUAUAGCACUUAAAUCGCACAAGCAUUUUGAUAUUCUGUGAAUAUUAGUAUGACCUGUGAAAUACUAAAUGCCAUUUGUUUUACUGCCGCUAGGUUCGCUUUCAAAGAUUUCAGAAAGCAAGAGGUGUGAUGUAGAUUUGAGUAGAUUAUAAUAUCAUUGUCGUGGUAUUGGUGUUGAAAUUGAUAACGCAAGAAAAUAUUGCAAAUAUUAUAAUAUACAUACAGUGGAUGUGAGGUUAGUGAUAUAUUCACGCGUUUAACCUGCAAUUAUCUUAAAUUCUGUAGGAUGUGUUACGUCUUUACUUUCGCACGAUCACAGUACUUGAAACAGCUGCGAAAAAGAGACGUUGACUGUUGUCGGGUCAUCAGUAAGUAGCCGGUUGUAUGAUGGUUAACAGAGAGGGAAGAUUACUUUUAACCUAAAUCGUGAUAUGUGUGUUGAAUUGUGUUUGUAUUUCUGUAAGACGUGAAUCUUUAAAAUUGGUUUGUAACUGUGAAGCUUCGCGUGUAUCGAAUCUGUGUGCAAUAUGUAGGUGUACAUUUUUCGGCAUUGGCCCACGCACUCUUUGACAAGUGGGUACGCAUACAUGAAGAUAUUUCUGAAUUAAAAUAAAGUAAUGUCUACAAGGGAGUUAUAUACAAAGGGGGCUCGGGUAUGGAUCCGACAUCCUGACAGGGUGUGGGAAGGGGCUGAGGUUGUCCAAGACUACAAGGGAUUAACAAUAAAAGUAAAAUCUGAAGAUGGAGCUGUACAUGAUCUUGAGGUAAAAACAGAUGAUGACCUGCCCCCUCUACGAAACCCUGACAUCCUGAUAGGGGAGAAUGAUCUCACAUCAUUGUCAUACCUCCAUGAACCAGCUGUGCUUUAUAAUCUACAAGUACGAUUCUGCAGGCAGAGUGCUAUAUAUACAUACUGUGGUAUUGUAUUGGUUGCCAUUAAUCCGUAUGAUGAAUUGCCAAUUUAUGGUAGUGAUACUGUUUGGGCCUACAGAGGGCAGGCCAUGGGUGAUCUUGAUCCUCAUAUCUUCGCUGUUGCUGAAGAAGCCUACACUAAACUGGAACGAGAAGAAAAUGACCAAUCUAUUAUUGUAUCAGGAGAAUCGGGUGCUGGUAAAACUGUAUCUGCAAAAUAUGCCAUGCGAUACUUCGCUACAGUUGGGGGUUCUUCUACAGAAACACAAGUUGAAAAAAAAGUCCUGGCUUCAAGUCCUAUUAUGGAGGCAAUUGGAAAUGCAAAGACAACUCGCAAUGACAACAGUUCACGAUUUGGGAAAUUUAUUGAAAUUCACUUCAACAAGCAGUUUCAUAUCCAGGGUGCCAGUAUGCGGACAUACCUUCUGGAGAAAUCCAGGGUGGUAUUUCAGGCAGCUGAGGAGCGGAAUUACCACAUCUUCUAUCAGCUCUGUGCAGCCAGAGAUUUGUUACCAGAACUUCAUCUUAGUCACCAAGAUAAUUUUCACUACUUGAACCAAGGUGCAAACCCAACGAUAGAUGGUGUGAAUGACGCCGAAGCAUUUGAAGAAACUACAAUGGCCCUGUCAUUGCUAGGCUUUAGCCAAAGAGAACAAGCUGAUAUGUUUAAAGUUCUGGCAGCCAUCUUGCAUCUGGGUAACGUGACAAUUAUGGACGCCAUUACGGAAGGAGUCGGAGGUGGCGGGGAUAGCGAAGGCAGUGCAAUUCCGGCAAAUGACAAGCACCUGCUACUACUGGCGGAACUGCUGCAGCUGGAUGCGAGUGAGAUGAGGAGUUGGCUAUGUCACAGGAAGAUUGUCAGCAUGCGUGAGGUGUUCUUCAAGCCAAUGACAGUUACAGAGGCUGUGGGUGCCCGGGACGCUCUUGCAAAACACAUCUAUGCUGAGUUGUUCAAUUGGAUUGUGACGGUUGUAAAUAAGUCUCUAGAGAGUACAGGCACCUCGCAGAGAUUCAUUGGUGUACUGGACAUAUAUGGGUUUGAAACAUUUGAUAUAAACAGCUUUGAACAGUUUUGUAUCAACUAUGCUAAUGAGAAAUUACAACAACAGUUCAACCAGCAUGUGUUCAAACUGGAACAAGAGGAAUAUCUGAAAGAGGAAAUAGAGUGGAAAUUCAUAGAUUUCUAUGACAACCAACCAUGCAUUGAUCUGAUAGAGACAAAGCUUGGCAUACUGGACUUAUUGGAUGAAGAGUGUAGGAUGCCAAAGGGUACUGAUUCAUCGUGGGUGGAAAAACUGUAUAGCAAGUGCACAAAAUGGAAACAUUUCUCAAGACCAAGGUUUGGUACAACCGCAUUUCUGAUCUACCAUUUUGCGGACAAUGUCACAUAUCAGAGUGAUGGAUUUCUGGAGAAGAAUCGUGAUACUGUUCUUGAAGAUCAAAUUAAUGUUGUUAAGAAUGGACAGAAUAAACUUGUGAGGAAGUUGUUUCAUGAUGAGCUGGAAGGUAGGAAACUGAAAGUCCCAGCAGCUAAAGUAAAAGUCACUGUUGCAAAGCCAACAGUACCAGUGUCAUCAAAACAGCACAAGAAAACGGUUGGAUCACAGUUUCGAGACUCUCUUAACAUGCUCAUGACGACUCUCAAUGCCACCACACCUCAUUACGUUCGCUGUAUAAAACCAAAUGAUAACAAGGUGCCAUUUGAAUACAACCCAGUGCGAGCUGUACAGCAGUUACGAGCAUGUGGUGUCUUAGAAACUAUACGCAUCAGUGCAGCAGGCUUCCCAUCCAGAUGGACAUAUGCAGAUUUCUUCCAUCGGUAUCGUGUUUUGUGUAAAUACAAGGACAUACAGAGGAAUAACAUGAGGGCCACUUGUGAAAAGAUUUUGGGCAACUUCAUCAAGGUUGAUGAUAAGUAUCAGUUUGGAAAGACAAAAAUAUUUUUCCGGGCUGGUCAAGUGGCGUAUCUAGAGAAGCUCCGUGCUGACAAACUUCGCCAGUGCUGCAUAAUAAUUCAGAAGCAAGUUCGUGCAUUCAUCUGUCGCAAGAAAUACCUGCGUAAAGUGAAAGCUACUCAGUGCAUUCAGCGUUAUGUGAGAGGCUUUAUUGCUAGAAGACGUGUUUAUCAUAUUCGCCGUAACAAGGCUGCAACAACUAUUCAGCGACAUAUACGAGGAUGGCUUAAGAGGACUCAGUUUGGGAGAAUUAAGCUAUGUAUAUUGGGUCUACAGGCUCGAUCUCGAGGGCUAUUGGCAAGAAGACGUUAUCAACAGAUGCGAUACAAUCACAAGGCUAUUAUCAUUCAGAAGUAUGUGCGUUGCUGGCUGGCACAAAAGAAAUACCAACACACCAUACAUCGCAUCAUUACUGUGCAAUCAGUGGUGAGGCGGUGGAUGGCGAGACGUCUGUUCAAGAAACUGAAGCAGGAGGCUAGGUCUGUUGAACAUGUCAAGAAACUGAACAAGGGCCUUGAGAAUAAGAUCAUUUCUUUGCAGCAGAGGAUAGAGGAACUGGUGAAAGAAAAUAAUAUUCUCAAGUCUACACAGCAUGAACUUGCAGAUCUACGGAUUAAGGUCGAGUCUCUUAAGGGCCUGGAAGCAGAGACAAAACGCAUCACCAUCGUACUUAAUGAUAAGGAACGUGAAUUGGAAGCUGUUGUCAGAUCACUCGAGCAUGAACAAGAUGAGAAGGUCGAUUUGGUUAAUGAGAAGGAGCGCAUUGAGAAGGAACGCAAAGAGGAACUGGAAAUAAUGAAUUCUGAAAAUAUUAAGCUUAAGGCUGAGCUAGAUGAGCUGAAUGAGAGAAUUAAGUCUAAUCAGAUUGGGGCAGAAAAGUUCAUGAAGACACGGCUAGAAGAGGAGAAAUUAUUCUUGAUAAGGGAGCAUGACCAAGACCGUGAUGCGUACCAGAAGCUGCUUACUGACUAUAAUGCCUUAGAACAGCGUAGUGAGAUGCUGGAGAAGGAAAUCGGUCGUCUGCAGAGGGGCGGAGCUAAUGCUUCUGGUGGCAAGAAGGGACAUGAAAGAAAUCUGUCUGAUGCCAGCACUGCCAGUGUUACAUCUGAAUUACCAGAUGAUGAUUAUGGUUACGGCUCUGUAAGGUCAACAGUCAGCGCUUCAUCGUUUGGAAGUCACCAGAAACUGGAAAAUAUUGACUGGAAUCAGCAACAAGGAAGUAGGUCUGAGACAGUCAGCCCUGAGAGACAGAAGCCUUCAGAACAGACUGAUGUUGCACUCAUGCUGAAGUUGCAACAGAAGUUGAAGGAUGUCGAGAAAGAGAGGAACCGGCUGCAGGAGAGGAUUGAAUGUCUAGAGAAGGAAGACAGUCCCAGUGAUGAUGCAACAAGGACUCACGACACUUUCAAGUUACAGGAACUGGAAAUGGAGAACUCCAAACUGAAGACUGAUCUUGCAGCCUUGAGGAAGGUCACUGCAGAUGGAGAAACAGGAGGCCAGGAGCUUCUAAAACAACUAGAAGCUUCUCAGUUGGAAUUGGAUCGUCGCCGAGAGGAAUGCAUCCAGCUGCACAGCGUGUUGUCAAAUCAGACAAAGGGACUGAAGAGUGUUGCGAGUAACAACUACAGUAGCCAUAUUGAUAUUAUUAAUGAAGAUGGAGAACUGGUACUGGCCUUUGAAGCUCAGAAGAAAAUUAAUAGGCAACUUGAAGAUGAGCUGCAGGCAGAGAAAACUCGGUGGCAGGCUGAACGGAAUGAAUUUAUGCAGGAGAUAGAGAGGUUAAAGGAGGACAACGACCGUCAGCAGAAGCUACUUUCCGUUAACUUGAUGAAGAGUCCCCAGACACAGACUGAGGCAUUCAUGCAGCAUGAAAUAACACGUCUCACAUCAGAAAAUCUUGAUCUGCAAGAAAAAUUUGAUGUUUUGUCAGAACAAUGUAGAAAAUACAGGAAACAGAUUAAGCUUCUUGCAAAAAAACUAAAGGAUGCAGGAGUAACCGAAGCUGUGAAUGAUGGUGAUGCCGUUUCUUCCCCUGCUGGCAUAUUACCUCAGGACCAACGCAGUAACCUGCCUGUGGUGCGUAAGAAAGAACGUGAUUACUUGGGCAUGUUUGAAUAUCGCAAGGAAGAUGAACAGAUCAUUGUCAGACAUCUCAUAUAUGAUUUGAAACCCCGUGUGGCAGUGAGUCUCCUGCCAGGGUUGCCAGCAUACAUCUUGUUCAUGUGUAUCAGGCACACGGAUUUCACAAAUGAUGAUGAAAAGGUUCGGUCGCUUCUGACAGCUACCAUCAACACUAUUAAGAAGGUCAUUAAGAAGCGUCAUGAAGACUUGGAUACAACAGUCUUGUGGCUGUCGAACACGCUGCGAUUGCUGCAUAAUCUGAAGCAAUACAGCGGUGACAAGACCUUCCAGGCUGAAAACACACCCAAGCAGAUUGAACAGUGUCUACACAACUUUGACUUGUCAGAGUAUCGGCAAGUCUUAUCUGAUAUCGCCGUGUGGAUUUAUCAGGGUGUGAUUCGGCACCUGGAAGAAAGGGUACAACCCAUGAUUGUGCCAGCCAUAUUGGAGCAUGAAGCAAUAUCAGGUCUUUCUGGCCAGAAACCUGGAGGCAUGCGAGGUCGGGCAUCAUCUGUUGUUCGGGAGCCAGAGUCACCAGUGGACAUCCAGAAGGCUCUGGAUACGUUACUGCAGGAAUUGUCUUCAUUCCAUCGCAGCCUCGGUUUUCAUGGAGUGGACCCGGAACUUAUUGUUCAGGUCUUCAGACAGUUGUUUUAUUUCAUCUGCGCAAGUUCUUUGAACAACUUGCUUCUGAGGAAAGACCUGUGCCACUGGACGAAGGGCAUGCAGAUCCGAUACAAUCUGUCGCAUCUUGAGCAGUGGAUCAGGGACCAGCGAAUGCAGGAAACAAAUGUGCCGGACACAUUGCAACCCAUCAUCCAGGCCGCUCAAUUGUUGCAGGCUAGGAAGACAGACGAAGAUGUUCAGAGCGUCUGCGAUAUGUGUGACAAGCUAUCUAUGUUUCAGAUAAUCAAGAUUCUUAACCUUUACACACCUGCAGAUGAGUUUGAGGAGCGCGUUCCAGUCUCUUUCAUACGGAAGAUUCAGGCAACAUUACAGGAACGCACUGAAUCGCAGGAACAGGCUGCAUUGCUUAUGGAAACAAAAUUCAGCUUUCCAGUUCGAUUCCCGUUCAAUCCAUCGAAUAUUCGUCUGGAAGACAUUGAAAUCCCAGAGUGUUUGAACCUUCCUAUGCUGAAGAAAGUUUAGAAGGGAAGUAAUUAUAGUAAUACUAGUGAAGAUAAAGUUUAUAUUUUGCUAUCCGGUCACAUCCUCAUGUGUCUUCAGUCAGCAAUACAUGGUCUUUGUCUUCAGUAAGUCAGAGAAUAGGCAGCCAUAGUAUAUUAUUAAUAAUACAAUAACAUUCCAGCUGUGCCAUUCCAUGUUUAAAUGCAUAUAAAUAAUAUAUAUAUAUAUAUAUAUAUAAUACAAUGAUAGGCCUUGUUUUAAAUUAAUGUGCAUUUGUUGAUAUAUUUACAUGUUAACAGAUGCACGCACAACUUCACUGAACUUUUGUUCUGUGACAACCACAUUAUAAUUUGAUGCUACUAUUAGUUUAAUUAUACAUUAUUUUUGGGUAAGUUGUAGGAAAAUAAUUGCUACAAAAUUUCUGUUUGUGAUAAAAGUGUGUGUUAAUGUUGCAAAAAAAAAAAAAAA